UAUUUACACCAAAGAUGGAAAAGUACCAACAUACAACAACCUUGUUUACAUGGAAAGUCGGUCAAGUGUGAAAUGUUAAAACCUAAAGGUAAUGUCCUGUCUAGUGGUAGUAUAUAAAGAUCAUGGCGACCCACAGUGUAUGUUUACUGACGUAACUCAAAUAGUGUGCUUUUAUAUCGGAAUUAAUACAUUUGUAUCAUUUUCAAUAUCAUUUGGCAUUACUGUCGCCUAGGACACUGGACUGACAACUGUCUAUCAAAGGAUAUUAUGCGCAAGAUUCAACUGCACUGAACUGGUUAAAAAUAGGUCAAGGAAGGUAUUUAUAGUAUAAAAUGAUUUAUUUCUAUUGACAUUACACAGUAUAUCUAUAUCGUUCAACACGUUUUUUUGGUUUAGAAUUUCAUGAUUUAAAACGGUUUUAUAACGGGGGACUGUAUAACAGCCAAGUGUGAGAUUUGAAACACGACGAGAAGCAACGAGACUUGGACGCUCCAUUAGUUGUAAAACUCCAAUACUAGUAUAGCUAAUCUAAUAGAAGUACAGUAACUGUAAGUUAAUUCUUCCGUUCAUGAAUUGCUAAAAUAAGCCUGUCCGAAUAACUAAACCAAAAGAUGUCGAAAAGAUCUAAAUUCGUUGUUACAAAAAGCAUAAGCAUAGAAGCUGAUGUUGAAAUAACGUCUGAAGUAUAUCAACGCGAGAACAGGAUAUCUAUGGUUAUCAAUAGUGCGAAAAAUCAAGUGUUAAAGCUCAGAAAAUCAGUAAGUGACUUAAAAGAUCAAAAUCUCAAUGUCGUCAAGCAAGUAAGGGAUUUUAGAAGAAAAUUAGAUGAACACUUAAAUCAUUUACAAGAACAACUCUUAAAUGAAAUAAGAUAUGAAUACAAUUUGUGCACGAAUGAAAUGUUAGAGCAAGAAACAGAGGUACAGUCACAAACAGACAGAAUUCAACGACUAGCUAAAGACCAGUCCAAAUUGAAAUCCGAAAAUGCAUCAGAAUUGAUAACUGCAACAGAUACACUUGAAAAGACAAUUUCUACACAAAAUGAAAAAGUAUUAUUUAUGCAGAAAAAUAACGUACGAGUUGAAUAUAAUCCAACUCUGAAAUCGAUAUUAGAAAACGCACAAGACUUCGGUAGGUUUCUGGUUACCAAAGAACCAGUAUGGAACAACAACCUUGCACGGAAACCUUCUUACAAGGCGAAAGCUGAUUUCGACGCUAUUCGGUUGGAAUUUGAAAAGAAAAUAGAAAUUCCUAUUCCUAAUAAGGGGUACAGUUAUAUAAUGGAUUGUGUACUUCUUAAAAGCAAAGAUAUGGUGUUUGCAGAUAGGAUAAAUAAACGUUUGGUUAUCCAUAAAAGUACAGGGGCAUUUAGUCAUGAAAUAAGACUCCCCAAACCGCCACAUUACAUUACAGCAGUGGACAAUGACAAAUUAGCAAUUUCGUAUGGGAAACCAUUUAGCAAUAUAGACAUUAUAAAUACAGUUACCCGUGAGACCGAGUCUACUAUUACAGGGUGUGUUACGGACUGGAGUAUGGGAGUAUCCUACAGUAAUGGCAAACUUUAUAUCGUGGACGACGGGUCUGCUAUUCAAGAAGUAACACUUGAUGGAAAAGUUACCAGCAGCAUUCCUCUUAAUGGAAAUGUUACAUCAAAUCGUAAAGAUGACGUCGCGAAAAAAGGCAACACACCUUGCGUUCAUCAUUUAACCGCCCACCAAAAUAAAAUAUACUACGCUUCCACCUUAAACGACACGCUCUAUUGCUAUGACAAUACCGGAAAAGAGCUGUGGUCAUUCAGUGAUAGCGAAAUUAUAGGCGAAUGCACCUCGCCUCCGCUAGCCGUAGAUGGUAGUGGUAAUGUGAUUUUAGUGAAUUACGAGAGUGAUUAUAAGAUAAUGAUAAUAUCUGCCGAUGGCAAGAAAAUCAAAUACUUGCCACUGGGUAAAGAUGAUUUUAUGCCAAAUGGGAUAUCGUUUGAUGAAAAUAAACAAAUGCUUUUAAUUUGUGAUCAUCGUUCACAUGCUAAACUUUUCAAUGUGAGACAAAGUACUUUUGAGGAAAAUGAAUCAUAAUACCGUAAUGGUGUAUACAUUUAGAAUCGGAUUGGAAUAUUGUGAGAGAACAGAUUAGUCAAAUCAUCAACUACAAACGUGCAAAUACAAUAUUAAGGAUAAAUUAAAAAAGAAAGAAAGAAAGAAAGACAACAAUCAUUAGCAAUAUAAAAAUGAAUUGACGAAAUGGUCUAUAAGCUAUAACGUUUGACCAACACGAAUCUUGCAAUAUAUUAUUAAGAGUGAUGUAUAAUGAUAACUAAAAGGAAUGUAGGAAUCUCUAUGCAUGCCAAACCAAUCGUCCUAAUAGCCUUUGUCUGUAUGAUUGAUACACUUUAUAGGGCUUGAUUCUACAAUAGCAAUGCAAAUUAAACUAAUAAUUAUUGACAGUGACAUGCCAGGAAAUACUGUGAUAAAUAUAUGUUUAUGCAAUGAAAUAUGGUGUUUCCCCCAAAGUGGUAGAGAUAAUUGGUUGAUAUGUUAUUAAAAAUCUUGUUGGUAUGAAUGUAAGACACAUUUGGGUCAUCACGUAAGGGUAAACAUUACAACAACGUCUUAAGGUCAGGUCAGGUCAAGAUAAAGUGUUCGAUAAACGUCUGCAAAGGUCAAUUACAUUGUCGGUUAAUUUAUUCACAUUUAAAGGUUAAUGACCUUGUCGGGGCGCAAUAUUUUACAGGUUUCGCUUUUAGUUUAAAUUGUGCGGUAGGUACAGUAGUUGAAGGUAAUAAGAUAUACCUCUUUUGAUUGUGAUCUCGAUCGUGGCUGGUAAAAGUUGUUUUAUAAAGUUUGUUUUUGUUAGUCAUGAAAUAACAACAUCAGCGAGACAUAUUUAUCAUAAUUUAUUGACUUGAUCAUGUUGAGUAUUAUGGGAUAAUAAUAAAGUUAUAUGUAAAACGA